CGUUGAGGCUUUGGGAGAGUGAGGGUGUGGGGUAAUUUGGGAAACGUACUGCCUAUUUCUGUGGGAUCCGGGGAGGAAGCCCUGAGUGGAUUGACUCUGGAAAAGAAUGGGACGGGUCGGCUAAGUCCUGGAAGGUUCUGGUUCUGGUUUCAGAGUCCGGUGGUGUGUGUGUGUUGAGGCUUGGGAUCUCGACCGAACCAGGAGGCCGGACGUGGGAGGGGUGGUUUCACGGUGGCAUACACUCUUGACCGAAUAUUUUGGCCAUUUCCACUUGCUUUGCAGGCGCCGGGCGUUUUUCUGCGGAGCACGUGUUUCUUUUUAUUUACAGUCGUUUUAAAGUAUUGGGAUUUGAAAUCGAGUGAGUUCUCUGACAUAUUUGAGCACACGACCCAGGAGUACUUGGAGAAAAAACUGGUUCCAGGGGACCUAGACUGACGGUAGAAAUGAGUCCUGCAGAUGCCCUAGACAUGACGAUGAAAAUACAUUUAAAAUCUUAGUUGCAACAGAUAUUCAUCUGGGAUUUAUGGAGAAAGAUGCAGUCAGAGGAAAUGACACAUUUGUAACAUUUGAUGAGAUUUUAAGACUUGCCCAGGAAAAUGAAGUGGAUUUUAUUUUGUUAGGUGGUGAUCUUUUUCAUGAAAAUAAGCCCUCAAGAAAAACAUUACAUACCUGCCUCGAGUUACUGAGAAAAUAUUGCAUGGGUGAUCGUCCUGUACAGUUUGAAAUUCUCAGUGAUCAGUCAGUCAACUUUGGUUUUAGUAAGUUUCCGUGGGUGAACUACCAAGAUGACAAUCUCAACAUUUCGAUUCCAGUGUUCAGUAUUCAUGGCAAUCAUGAUGAUCCCACAGGGGCAGAUGCCCUGUGUGCCCUGGACAUACUAAGCUGUGCUGGAUUUGUAAAUCACUUUGGACGUUCAGUGUCUGUGGAGAAGAUAGACAUUAGUCCAGUUUUGCUCCAAAAAGGAAGCUCCAAAAUUGCUUUAUAUGGCUUAGGGUCCAUUCCAGAUGAAAGGCUCUAUCGAAUGUUUGUCAAUAAAAAGGUAACAAUGUUGAGACCAAAAGAAGAUGAGAACUCUUGGUUUAACUUAUUUGUGAUUCAUCAGAACAGGAGUAAACACGGAAAUACUAACUUCAUUCCAGAACAAUUUUUGGAUGACUUCAUUGAUCUUGUUAUCUGGGGCCAUGAACAUGAGUGUAAAAUAGCUCCAACCAAAAAUGAACAACAACUCUUUUAUGUAUCACAACCUGGAAGUUCAGUGGUUACUUCUCUUUCCCCAGGAGAGGCUGUAAAGAAGCAUGUUGGUUUGCUGCGCGUUAAGGGAAGGAAGAUGAAUAUGCAGAAAAUUCCUCUCCACACGGUGCGGCAGUUUUUUAUGGAGGAUAUUGUUCUGGCCGAUCAUCCAGACAUUUUUAACCCAGAUAAUCCUAAAGUAACCCAGGCCAUACAAAGCUUCUGUUUGGAGAAGAUUAAAGAAAUGCUUGAAAAUGCUGAGCGAGAACGUCUGGGAAACUCUCGACAGCCAGAGAAGCCUCUCAUACGACUUCGAGUGGACUAUAGUGGAGGUUUUGAACCUUUCAGUGUUCUUCGCUUUAGCCAGAAAUUUGUGGAUCGGGUAGCUAACCCAAAAGAUGUUAUCCAUUUUUUCAGGCACAGAGAACAAAAGGAAAACACAGGAGAAGAAAUCAACUUUGGGAAGUUAAUCACAAAACCUUCAGAAGGCACAACUCUAAGAGUAGAAGACCUUGUAAAACAGUAUUUUCAAACUGCGGAAAAGAAUGUGCAGCUCUCACUUCUAACCGAAAGGGGAAUGGGCGAAGCAGUACAAGAAUUUGUGGACAAGGAAGAAAAAGAUGCCAUAGAGGAAUUAGUGAAAUACCAAUUGGAAAAAACACAGCGAUUUCUUAAAGAACGUCAUAUUGAUGCCUUAGAAGAUAAAAUCGACGAAGAGGUACGCCGUUUCAGAGAAAGCAGGCAAAAAAACACUAAUGAAGAAGAUGAUGAAGUUCGAGAGGCUAUGACUAGGGCCAGAGCCCUCAGAUCGCAGUCCGAGGACUCUGCUUCCGCCUUUAGUGCUGAGGACCUUAUGAGUAUAGAUCUGGCAGAACAGAUGGCUGAUGACUCUGAUGAUGACAUCACAGCAGCAGCCAACAGAGGAAGAGGCCGAGGAAGAGGCCGACGGGGAAGAGGGCAGAGUUCAGCCUCGAGAGGAGGGUCUCAGAGAGGAAGAGGAAGCAGUAGUCUGGAUACUUCUACUCGAAGCAGAAGUUCAAAGGCUGCUGUGUCAACAUCUAGAAAUAUGUCUAUUAUAGAUGCCUUUAAAUCUACAAGACAGCAGCCUUCCCGAAAUGUUGCUACUAAGAAUUUUACAGAGAUGAUUGAGGUGGAUGAGACAGAUGAAGAAGAAGACAUGUUUCCUACCACUUCAAAAACAGAGCAGAGGUGUCCGAGCACAUCAUCAUCAUCAAGCAAGCGCAUGUCCCAAAGCCAAAUAGCUAAAGGGGUCGAUUUUGAAUCAGAUGAGGAUGACGACGAUGAUCCUUUUAUGAACACUAGCUCUUUAAGAGGAAACAGAAGAUAAUACAUUUAAUGGCAGUUUGAAGCAUUCAAGGUUCAGGAAAAAUCAAAACACUGCAAGCAAACAGUUUACAGUUGAAGAUUUUUUAAGUAUUGCUGUUAAUUAAAGAAUUUGAAAGAGACUUACUUAACAGAGAAACUUAAUGUAUAAGAAUUUGUGUUUUGACGUAUCAUUUCGUGAACAUGACUCUUUUAAUUGAGAAACAUCCCAAUUUGAGGACAUCCAGAAUGGCACUGGUUCUCCAUACUUUUUAAUCUAGUUCUUAACAUUACCUGGGGAUGCUCUACAAGAUCAGAAUGUUUUCUUUACAUAUAUUAGCGUACAUCUAACUGAAUGAGGGCUUUGCUUAAAUACCAUUCUUGAGUAAGGAUUAACAGAAAUCUGUCACUCUAUGUUUCUGCCUCAUUAUCAAAGACUGUCAGUAUUUUAAUGUAGUUACAUGUAACCAAAGUUGAGGAAAAGAGCUUAUAAAACUUAACCUCCUUGUAAUUUUAAUAAUUUCUAAAGAUUCUGGAUUUCCUGAAGGUAAAACAAUCUGUAAAACCGUGCCUAAGUUCAUUGUUUGUUACUAAGUGUUGUUCUUUUUCUAUUGUUUGUGAUCGUGUCAGCCACUGAGACUUUGAAUGUUAGAUGUAUCUUAUACUUUGAAUAAUUAGAUAUAUUUGUAUUAAAAAAUAGAGCAAUCUCUGAA